AUGGUCAACCGUGGCAUUUCUCGAGCUUGCGACACGUGCAGGAGGAGGCGCAAAAGGGUGAGAAAUGGCCAGAUAUUAUCCAAUGUUACUCGCGCUUACCUGUCAUGCCAGUGUGACGAGACCAGACCGAUAUGUACCAGAUGUCAAAAAGCAAAUGUUACUUGUCUUGGCUAUCGGAGUGAAAAAGAGCUUAUCUUCAGACGCUCUUAUAGCGGCCCAGUCUCAGUCACUGCUUUGCCCCCAGCAGGUCUGCCUCGAGAGUUUCGCCAUUUUCAAAUCGAAGAGUGCGCUCUUACCGCCUUCUUUCACAACUACGUUGUUCCCCCUGCAAACGAUUUUCUUUCUCGUGGUUACCUUGCCGGUCUAGAAUCUCUACUCGUGCUUGCCGGGCCCGAGGCCGAGAUCUCCCAGGCUUGCAAAAUGGUUGCUUUCGCGAGCCUUGGGAACAGACACAACAUUCCAGCUCUCCUUUAUAAAUCAAGGUUGCUCUAUGCAAACCUCCUACGCUCUUUCGCUACCACUGUUUCCAUCGCAAAAUCGACAAAUGUGGUCGAGUCAUUUCUCACAGCUGUAUUGCUGGGUUUGUAUGAGCUAAUCACAGCCAAUCUAUCGAACCCUAGUAGCCACAUUACUCACUCGAGGGGAGCCUCUGCAAUUCUCCGCCAAACCCCAUAUCAAGCCGUCGAUGCACUCCGGCUCAACGAUCCCGCGAAGGUAUCUCAGGACUCAGACAGUUCCGGAAUCAUUUAUGCUCCAUUCUCCAAUGGUUCAGUCCACGCGAUAGAUACUGUUCUUGUCGACUUGCACCCGCUCCUGCAGAAAACCAGAGCGUUGCUGUCCAAUACGGUAACAUUUCCGGAGGAUGUCGGUCGUGUUUUGCAGGAGGCGAUGCGCCUUGACAAGGAAUACUCCAAGUGGCCGGCCAGCCAGCCGGAUGAGUGGAGACCCUGGAGGGUCGAACCCUGCGAACAAGCCUCGGUGCGUUAUCCCGAGUGGUGGCCGCGAAAGGCUGAUUUUUACUUUGACCUGUAUGUGGCUGCGGCCUGGAACACCUACCGCAAAACUCGUUUGAUGCUUCUUGACGUCAUUAUGCAAUGUCUGAACCGACUUCAGGUUAAGGAUGCGUACGGUCAGAAGCAGGCAGAAAUUGCAGAACUUGCUGACGCCAUCAUGUCAUCCAUUCCGUUUCAUGUGACCGAUCAAUUUCACAAUCUCAUGCAGCAACCGAAUCACGUCACGGGCAAAGUAUCUCCGGGGAAAUCAGUCGGUGGCUUGCUUCUGAUGCACCCUGUAUACGUAGCCGCGAACCUGGACGUUGUGUCACCGCAUUUACGAGCUCAGAUGAGGAACUGUCUGGCGUGGAUCGGCGAGCACAUGGGUAUUGGCCAAGCUACGGUGUUUUCCAAGGUCGGAGCUGGGUCUGCUGCGUACAAAGUGAAUUAA